GGCCGCCGGCGUGUGUGAGUCACAGCGUCUGAGACAGUUAGCUCGGUGAGAGAUAACGUGAAACAAACGCUGCUGCUGCUGCCACCGGACCUGUUCAGAACAACGACCUUCUCUCUAACUGCCUGACAGGAUUGAGAUGUUACAUUUUAGGUUUCCGACAGUGCUGAAGGACUUGUCUAAAGCCACCCUCAAGCGUCCCUUGUCCGUCUCCAUACAGAGGACCUGGUCCCCGACUCGUACCUACUGCUUCGGCACGUCCUUCAUUGAUUCCCGUGCUGCGUCUACUCAACUGAAGGUCCUCCAUGCCGCUUCGCACCGCCCGGUGCUCCGCACCGCGCCCUUCGCCGCCCCGUUCCGCUCCUACUGCGCGAAGACUGAAGGUGCCGUGGAGCCGGAUGAACAGCUGAAGAAGGAUGGUGUCAGCAACGAACCAGCCAGCGACAAGAGGAGAAAUGCAGGCAUUCUCCCCAGUUUGGAGGAUUUGCUCUUCUACACCGUUGCAGAAGGUCAAGAGAAGAUUCCCGCUCAUAAGUUUCUCACAGCACUUAAAGCCACUGGGCUUCGUACAGGAGAUCCCAGACUGAAGGAAUGCAUGGAAACCCUCAAAGAAACUCUAAAGAACACAGCAGAUGGCGUAACUUUGGACAGGCACCUAUUCAAGAAGUGUGUCCAGAGCAACAUUGUCCUGCUCACUCAGGCCUUCCGCAAGAAGUUCGUCAUCCCAGACUUCGACUCCUUCACCUCCCAUAUUGAUGAGCUGUAUGAGAGUGCCAAAAAUCUCUCUGGAGGACAGGUUGCAGACUACAUUCCCCAGCUCGCCAAAUUCAGCCCCGACCUGUGGGCCGUCUCUCUGUGCACUGUGGACGGACAGAGACACACGGUCGGAGACACCAAGGUCCCCUUCUGUCUGCAGUCCUGUGUCAAGCCUCUGAAGUACGCGGUUGCUGUUAACAACUACGGCACAGAGUAUGUUCACAGUUUCAUUGGGAAGGAGCCCAGUGGCCUGCGCUUUAAUAAGCUCUUCUUGAAUGAAGAUGAUAAGCCCCACAACCCCAUGGUGAAUGCUGGCGCUAUUGUUUGUACUUCACUGAUAAAGCAAGGUGCGAGCAACGCAGAAAAAUUUGACUAUGUCAUGAACUUUCUGAAAAAGAUGGCAGGAAACGAGUAUGUGGGUUUCAGCAACGCCACAUUCCAGUCCGAGCGUGAGUCAGGCGACAGGAACUUUGCCAUCGGCUACUACCUGAAAGAGAAAAAGUGUUUCCCUGAGGGGACCGACAUGACGUCUGUACUGGACUUCUACUUUCAACUGUGCUCCAUCGAGGUGACCUGCGAGAGCGCCAGUGUCAUGGCCGCCACCCUGGCUAACGGCGGCAUCUGCCCAAUCACGGGUGAGCGCGUGCUGACCCCCGAAGCGGUGAGGAACACGCUGAGUCUGAUGCACUCCUGCGGCAUGUACGACUUCUCAGGACAGUUUGCCUUCCAUGUCGGUCUGCCAGCCAAGUCCGGAGUAGCAGGGGGGAUCCUGCUGGUUGUGCCCAACGUGAUGGGUAUCAUGUGCUGGUCACCCCCACUAGACAAGCUGGGCAACUCGGUCAGAGGAAUCCAGUUCUGCACGGACCUCGUGGAACUUUUCAACUUCCACAACUACGACAACCUGCGGCACUUCGCCAAGAAGCACGACCCCCGCAGGGAAGGAGGGGACCAGCGGGUAAGGACACAGCAUCACGACGUGAGGAGCGAACACACUGAGCCAAACGCCUUCACUGCACUCCUUCGGACCCAUGGAUUACGAGAGUCUCCAACAGGAGCUAGCUCUGAAAGCCCCCCUUUGGAGAAAGGUGUCCCCCACCGAGUCGCACCAGGACAGCUCCACCACUGUAGUCUAUAGGAUGGACAAUGUCGCAGAGUGAAAUUAAAAAAACCAAAUCAAAGAAAGGAGAGCCCCGCACCCCUCGCCUCGACUGAGCUCUCUCCCCACCUCUCGCAGCAAUGCCACCGCCUCCCCUUGAAUAUUUAAGUCUGAAUUGUGUCGAGGAUUAUUUAUUGCUCGUGAAGCGUUUACUGUGUGCCGACAAACUCUUGUUUUUAUGUGUGAUGGAGGGCUACUGCUUGUUAAGUUUGAUCUGAAAUCCAAAUGAGCUCAUGGCCUCCGCCUGCCUGUUGCCUUAGUGUGUGUGUGUGUGUGUGUGUGUGUGUCUCAGAUGUGAUGCACGUGUAUUCAGGUUGUUAUAGCUCAGUUUUUGACAGAAUCCUCUUAUCAGCUAACGGUUGGGGAGGGAAAAAAACCAAAGAAGGAAAAAAAACCAAAUGAUGUGUGAGUGUGUUUGAGUGGAGCUUUUAGAUGAGCCGUCUUUGAAUAUUCAGACUGUCUUCUGAACAGGUGACCUUACAGAUGAUGGAUGUAUUGUAGCAGAUACUAAAAGUUUUUGGGUCAAAGGAGAAUAUUGUUGACAUGUGAGUUAGCUGUGAGUGCGGUGCAGCGGUGUUGUAGCCAGCACAACGUAGUUUCUCUUCUUUCAAAAAAAAAAAAGAAAAACAAAAAAGAUGAGCUCUGAUGUCUGAAGGGAUUUUAAUAAAGCAGCUAUUUUUGCUUUUUCAGUUUUACACGAUGGGCCCUCAGAAGGAAAAAAACUCACCUGAAAAUCUCAACGCUUAUGUGAGUCUGUGCUGAGAGCCAAGCAGCUUUUAAUGGCUGAUUUUAAAUGGAAAUGGGUUUGAGGCAGAGCAGCAUCUGUGCCUCCCUCGAUGUCUUUCUAAACUCCCAGAGUCGACCCGAAAGCAGAACUAAUGUCGAGGAACACGGCGACCGACGUGUCUCAAAGGGAAGCUGCAGGCCUUCAGUUCGGCUCCAACCUGUCGGUGCUAAAGAGCCUGAAGUGAGACUGAAACGACUGUUUUCUCACUCUGAGCUGCUGUUGAGUUUAGCUGGAAAAAGAAAAGCGCUUGUGUGUGUGUGUGUGUGUGUGUGUGUGUGUGUGACACAGCCUGCACGGGUCUCACCAGUGCUCACACAACCUUUAACUAACUGCAGGGUUUUUAUCUGCCGGCUUGAACUGGGCCGCAUUCCAAAACCAUCAGCGCAUGUUUACGCUGCACACACAAAUACGCUGCUGUUCAAACAGGCUGCCUUCGUGUAGAAAUGGAACCGCACUGCACAGAAACACAAGCCUUGGAAAUUUAAAUAAUUCACCACGUCUAUCACAGCUGCGUUUUAAGGCUUUAAGGUUAAAAAUAAAAAAGUUAGACGUGGAAUUUGGGCUCUCAGACACACCGAGUGGGUGUGGAGCCUGAAUACUCAUGCAGCGCCGCCUGAAAACUUGCCCGAAGUAUUAAAAGAGUUAGUUGGCAUAAAACCUUUUGAGCAGAUUCAUAAAUGCGGCACGUGCAGGAUUUAGGAAUGAGUUAUAGCGAACUGCUGGUGCUGGAUUAAAGUUUUUCAGGGCCAUUUAAAUCUAAGUUUUGUCAGGUUUCUUUUUGGACCUUUUGUUAUAUUUAGGCAAAGAUCUAUAGAUCCAUAUAGAUCCAUAAUUUACAUUUAAGAAUUUUGGCUUGUGAUGUAUAGUAUUGGAAAAACAAAAACAAAAACAAACACUCUGUCA